GGCUCAGUUCAUUCCUCUCGUCAGAUAGCCUCCCGAUUCCACAGAUCGCGUGGAAGGGGAGAGAGAGAGAGAGAGAUGGGCAGGCAGCCGUGCUGCGAGAAGGUUGGCCUGAAGAAGGGGCCAUGGACGGCGGAGGAGGACCAGAAGCUGGUCGCCUUCCUCCUCUCCAAUGGCCACUGCUGCUGGAGGCUCGUCCCCAAGCUCGCAGGGCUUCUCAGGUGCGGGAAGAGCUGCCGGCUGAGGUGGACGAACUACCUGCGGCCCGACCUCAAGAGGGGCCUGCUUUCCGAAGAGGAGGAGAAGCUUGUCAUUGACCUCCACGAGCAGCUCGGCAACAGAUGGUCCAAGAUAGCGGCACGGCUCCCCGGGAGGACGGACAACGAGAUCAAGAACCACUGGAACACCCACAUCAAGAAGAAACUCAGGAAGAUGGGCAUUGAUCCCGUCACUCACCGGCCGGCCGUUUCUCUCGCUCAGCCUGAUGGCCCUGAUCCCCUGAAACAGCAGCGGCAGCAAGAACCGUCCGUCUCCGGCGCCGGUGCCGACGACAAGGAGGAGGAGGAGGAGGCGGCGACGAGCGCCCAGCCACCACAGGUUGUCGAUUCCUCUGCUUCCUCUGCCUCUGCCGUGUCGCCGUCCUGCUCCUCUUCCGCCUCGGCCUCCGCCGCGACGCCCGGCGCGGACGUGGACGUGGACUGGCCCGAUCUCUUCGAGGUGGAUGGCAUCAUGGACAUCGACUGGGCUGGCUUCUUGUCCGCCAGCGGCGACGACGGAGGGUGCAGCGCCGUCGGCACCGAUAUGUUGUUCGACCAUUACUCUGACGUUGGCUUUGAUCAGCAAGUGUGGAUGUGAUCCUGACAGGAGUUUACUACGUGAAUAGCAUUGGAUUUGCCGUGAGUCUGAAUCUCCCACUCAUGUUUGGUUUGCUGGAUCGAAUUCUUCCACGACACCAAGCAUGCAUAGCUGUUGCCUUGUUGAUAAUGAAGAGCAGAAAUGGCUUGUGUGUGUUUCUUUUUUGAAAAAAAUGUAGAAUUUGUGAAGUAGUUGAGGUUCACUCUCCAUGGUGCGGGAUCAAUCCGUCCUUAUGAGCAAAUAUCAAACCCUUGGCCCAAAAAA